AGUGGGCUCAUCAGGAGGCGGGCCUUAAAGAGACAGGAGCUAAAACGGCCUGUUUGAGACAGAGGCUGAACUUAGGAGCCGCAUAAAGGACCAGAAUAUGAAAAAUAAGGAGUUUUUUGAACUGUAAAUCAUGCAAAGAUAUUCCAGUAGAGCUCCAGAAUAUAAAUAUAGACUUGGAAAUGUGCAUGAUAUGUCCCCUUUAAUAUAGAGAAGAUCAAUCAAUGUCAGCAUCUAAAGCGUCUGUGAUAUCAGCUUCAUUUAAAAAUGUAUUUCCUGUGGAGAAAUUCUGAAACAUCCCGAUUCCCACUGUCAAAACAAUCAAUGCCUGACAAAGAACUGACAUAGAAAUACUGGAUGGUUUUGUGAGUUGUUUGCCGGUGACGUGUCGUGCUCUGGACUUUUGUUGUGUCUGUCUGAGUGUAACUGGAGUCAUCUCAUGAUCACGUUCCCAACCUGCUGUAGACUGCAAGAUGAUGCUGUUUUGUAUGUUUGAGAAAGAAGUCUGAGAUAGAUUGAGGAUAGCAGAUUGUUCCUCUCAUUUAAGGUCACUGUGUGCUUGAAAAAAUCCUGACCUUUCAAAUCCAAUUGGUAGCUGAGGGUAAUGCAUUCGACUAAAUAGCCCACGGCAGAGGAUGUACUGUAUGUAUGUACAGUAUGUAUGUAGAUCAGGUGGAAUCAUGCUGCAACACAGGAUGUUUUUAUCUGUCUAACAUCAGAGUACAGCUCGUAUAAGGAUGCAGACACAGGUGAAGAUGUUUAUGGUGGUUUCCUUUGCCAGUAGCACAAAGAAGAUAAUGAGCAGCGAGUCCCCUGAGAAUAAAAAAUACUUUGUUUUACACUUAUGUGUAGAGUCUAUUUGUGAACGUGUGCAGUUCCAGUUCACCUUGUUAGAUUAAAUGUCAAUUCAUAUUAAGGAGGAAACAGUAAUGGAGGAUACAAGAAAGAAAGCAGCGUGUGCACGUGUUUCUGUGUGUGUAUAUGUGUGUGUGUGUGUGUGUGCAGUAGCUGUCAUUCGAGAUGAAUUAUUGCAUAAACUUUCUGUGGCUCGCUGAGAGACUGAUUAAAUGUGUGUGUGUGUGUGUCUGCAGGUGCAAUGACGAGGUAGAGCAAUGAGUUAUACUAACACUGCAACUCACUCUUGUUCAGUUGCUGUCUUCAAAGGGAAACAGCAGCCACCCAAACUUCUACUAAACAGUAUUUAUUAAAACCAAGCGGCAACUACCACCGCUUGAGGCUGAUGUCAAUACAGAAGUAAAAGUUAAAUGCUGGCUCCAAAAAAAAUCAUAAUCAUAAAAUCAUAAAAAAAUGAGUCAUAAUCGUCUCCAUUGCUAAAUUAAAGCCCUCUGUUCUCAUGGUCAUUUUGGAAGUUAUUACUCCGUUAAUAAGAUUUGAAGACUUAUAGUAGCUUUGAUGGCUGCCGUGUGGGCGUUGAUUGACAGCUGUGAUUGACAGUCUGCUCACCUGCUGUUCUCCCCGACGGCGGGACUCAUCUGAGUUGGACUAUUUUGGUAAAUUUAAUGUAACUUGAUUAUGAUACCUGCCCUGUUAGCACAGUUUAGCUAAAGUAGCUAACAUUAGCCCAUGUGCGCAGGGCUUAGUGUUCCUAGAAAGCUAGCGUUCGCUUUGGUCCAAGGUAACAAGGAGUGUUUCCUUGCACUCCUUGUUUGGAAGGUUCUGGCUCCAGAUGGAAAAGAUGGCGCUGACCAUAUGCUGCAACUCUGGGCUCCAAUGCAAACCAACGGUCGACGUCACGCCUUGCGAUGUCCAUAAUAACCCGAGAUCAAUAAAAACACAAAAGUCUCAUUGGACAUGGAGAAAAAGAGUGUUUUUCUCCUCCUCCAACAUGGCUGACACCACUUUAAUCUACUUGUAAGGCCGUGUUCAGACAGACAACAGCACUGUGUGAAAAAAUGCAGCCACCUUGUUCAUUCAACCGCUGCGUUGGCUCAGCAUGGGUGCUGACGUAGAGGGUUUUGGCCAAAAAUUUAACCCGGCUCAGCUUUUGCAGCACAUGCAAGAAGGCCUAUCAAAUAUAUACAAGCACACAUUCCUGUUAGAUUACUUUGCAACUUGAAUGCUGUAUUUCAACUGUUUGUCACUCAAAUACCACAAUGAAACAUAAAAUGAUCGUCGAUUCAGAGUUGUGAAAUCCUGUCCACUGUGCAGUGUUAAGCCUUCAAACUCUGAUAAGCCUUCAAACUCGUGGAUCUAUUACUCAAACUAACCUUUUCGGAUCAUAUUUCAUUGUCUCACUGAUGCCUGAACCAGCACAGCUCCCUUAAUUCGGGGCUGUUUCUGGUCUGACCUUACGCUAACUCCCUGACCCUUCGUCUCAUGAUGGUUAUACAUCCGAACAGAAAACCUUCCCAAACCAGACGUACAUAAAUUACUUUUCAAACGAAGAGACCAGAACUGAAAGAAAGUCAGAUUCAAUCCGCACAGACCAGAGAAUAAUUAGACCAAAAUAUGACCGUUCCAAAAACCGGUAGACCCGAACAGAUCCUAAUAAAGAGAGAGCAACGCCGGCAGCAGCAUGAUGCGUUUACCAAUUAACGAGCAGCUGCGGUCAAAAAUAGUAGCAAUACAGUACAUGCCUUUUUUUUUUUCCUUUUCACAGUUCACACUCUCCGUCUCGCCUCUAAAAACACAUUUUGCUCCUGUGAUGAUCAUGGGCGACCCAGCAUGUGAUCAGAGCUAAUAGCAGAGAUGCAGCCUGCUGUAGCGGAUGCCCAGCCUACUGUAGCAAGCAAUGAGCCUAGGGAUGAGUUGCCUCCUGAUGAGAUCGUACCAGGGGAGGAUCCCCAGCUGUCCCAACUGACCGGCCUGUUCGUCUCGAAGCCAGAGAGUGCAACAGCAACAAAAGGCAAGGACAUCACGUUUGUGGCUAAAGUGGACUCGUCCAACCUGACAAGGAAGCCAAACAUGAAGUGGCUGAAGGGGAAGUGGCUUGACCUGUGCAGCAAAGCCGGAAAGCACCUGCAGUUCAAAGAGACCUAUGACAGAAACACCAAGAUCUACACUUACGAGAUGAGCAUCAUCAAAGUAGUGGAUGGAGACGCAGGUGGCUACCGCUGCGAGGUCACCUCCAAAGACAAGUGCGACAGCUGCACAUUCGAAGUCUCCGUGCAGGCUGUACAAGAGGAGCAGCAGCAGCACAACAUCUUGGAGGCGUUUAAGCGAUCGAUGAAAAAAGGUGGAGAUGCAGGUGAGGAUGCUGGUGAUCUAGACUUCAGCGCCCUGCUCAAGAAAAGGGAGAAAAAAAAAAAUGAAACGCCCAAAGAGGAAGUGGAUGUAUGGGAAAUCUUGAAAGAGGCCAGGCCCUGUGACUAUGAGAAGAUUGCCUUUGAGUACGGCAUCACAGACCUGAGGGGCAUGCUGAAGAGGUUGAAGAAGAUGAGGAAGGUGGAGCCCAAGAAGAGUGACGCUUUCCUGAAGAAGCUGGAUCCAGCUUAUUCAGUGGACAAGGGCAGGAGGAUCCAGCUCUCUGUGGAGGUGGCUGACCCCAACGCUCCAAUCAAGUGGCUAAAAAACGGACAGGAAAUUAAACCAUCAGCCAAGUAUGUGUUUGAGAGCGUGGGCAACAAGCGGACACUCACUAUCAACAAGUGCAACCUGUCGGAUGACGCAGCGUAUGAGUGCGUGGUCGGGGAGGAGAAGUGCUUCACGGAGGUUUUUGUCAAAGAGCCUCCGGUCACCAUCACCAAGCUGCUGGAUGAUGUCCACACUGUGGUGGGAGAGAAGGUGGAGUUUGAGGUGGAGGUGUCCGAGGAAGGAGCCAACGUCAAAUGGAUGAAAGACGGAGUUGAGCUGAACAGAGAAACUGCAGGUUCGAAAUACAGAUUUAAAAAGGACGGAAAGAGACACAUUUUGAUCAUAAAUGAAGCCACGAAGGAGGAUAUUGGAAUGUACUACGCCUUUACCAACGGUGGAGAGUCAAAGGCAGAACUGGAGGUUGAAGAUAAGGAGCUUGAGGUUCUGCAGAGCAUAGCUGACCUGACGGUGAAGGCUGCUGAACAGGCUGUAUUCAAGUGUGAAGUGUCUGAUGAAAAAGUGACGGGGAAAUGGUUCAAGGAUGGCGUUGAAGUCAAACCCACCGAUCGCAUCAAAAUGACGCACAUUGGAAGGACCCACAAGCUGACGAUUAAUGACGUGAAGCCUGCGGACGCUGGAGAUUAUACCUUUGUACCUGACGGCUAUGCACUUUCUCUCUCUGCAAAACUCAACUUCCUGGAAAUCAAGAUUGACUAUGUUCCCCGACAAGAGCCUCCCAAAAUCCACCUGGACACCACCGGCUCAAGCAGCAAGAACAUCAUUACCGUGGUGGCUGGAAACAAACUUCGCCUUGACGUGGAGAUCACAGGAGAUCCAGCCCCAACUGUGUGCUGGAUGAAAGGAGACAACGUGUUGUCUGAAGCGGAGGGAAGGGUCCGCGUGGAGACGAGGAAGACCCUGAGCAGCUUCGUUAUCGAGGGGGCGGAGAAAGAAGACGAGGGCCACUACUCCAUCACCGUGACCAACCCCGCCGGAGAGGACAAGGCUGAACUCUUUGUCAAAAUCGUGGAUGUGCCCAACCCUCCUGAGAAUGUCAAAUGCAUAUCAGUUGGCGAGGACAGCAGCACGAUCACAUGGGACCCUCCUGCAUUCGACGGCGGAGUUCCCGUUAAAGGGUACCUCAUGGAGAGGAAGAAGGUCGGCUCGUCCAGAUGGACCAAGCUCAACUUUGAUGUUUAUGAGUCCACCACCUACGAGGCUAAGAAGAUGAUUGAAGGUGUACUUUAUGAGAUGAGAGUGUUUGCAGUCAACGGCAUUGGCAUCUCUCAGCCAAGUGCGAGCUCAAAGCCCUUCAUGCCCAUUGCCCCCACCAGCGAGCCCACUCGUCUCACAGUGGAUGAUGUGACAGACAGUACCUGUGCACUCAAGUGGCGUCCUCCGGAGAAAGUCGGAGCGGGCGGCAUUGAUGGUUACAUCAUCGAGUACUGCAAGGAAGGAAGUGACCAGUGGGUGCAGGCUAACGAGACACCGGUGGAAAAGAACCAGUACAGGGUGAAGGGUCUGCCAGUGGGGGAGAAGAUGCUGUUCAGGGUGGUGGCUGUUAACAUCGCUGGGCGCAGCCCCCCCGCCACUCUCUCCCAGGCUGUUACUAUCAGAGAGAUCAUGGAGAAUCCAAAAAUCCGUCUGCCUCGCCAGCUGAGAACCAAACUCAUCAGAGUUGUGGGCGAGAAGGUGAACUUGGUCAUCCCCUUCCAGGGUAAACCUCGUCCUGUCGUGACCUGGUUCAAAGACGGUGUGCUGCUUGAGGACAAAACAGUGGGAAUUCGUACCAGCGAAGUAGACACCAUCCUCUUCAUCCGCUCCACGGAGAGAGCCCACUCCGGAAAGUACACGCUGUCCGUUCAGAUUGAGAACAUGUCGGACAGCGCUGACAUACACAUUCAGAUUGUAGAAAAGCCCGGUCCUCCCAUCUCUGUGCAUGUCACAGACGUCUGGGGUUUCAACGCUGCGCUGGAGUGGAAGCCGCCCAAAGACGACGGCAACUGCGAGAUUAUCGGCUACUGUAUUCAGAAGGCUGACCUGAAGACCAAGGAGUGGUUCACGGUCUACGAGCACAACCGCAGGCCCAGCUGCACCGUGUCUGACCUGGUCAUGGGGAACGAGUAUUCUUUCCGUGUGUUCAGCGAAAACAUCUGCGGCCACAGCGAUGAAGCUGGCAUCAGCAAGAACACAGCCGUCAUUUCCAAAACAGGUUUGGACUAUAACCCCACACCCUUCAAAGAGAGGGACAAGACCAGUUCCCCCAAAUUCACAGCGCCCCUGGUGGACAGAAGUGUGGUUGCAGGUUACACCACAGCCAUCAGCUGUGCCGUCCGCGGUUUCCCCAAGCCAAAGAUCAUUUGGAUGAAGAACAACAUGAUCAUCGGUGAAGACCCCAAGUUUUUGAUGCAGAACAACCAGGGGGUGUUGACUCUGAACAUCCGUAAGCCGGGCCUGUUCGACGGAGGCAGAUACUCCUGUAAGGCUGUCAACGACCUCGGGGAAGACCAGGUGGAGUGCAAGCUGGAGGUUCGAGUUGUACAAGAGAAAGGAGAGGAGGCGAAGAAAUAAGCGACAGCACGGACCCGAAGAGGAUAAAGUUGAACAGGAAUAGUAAUGGAUUAUGUAUAACGGGAUAGUCAUGAAUAAAUAUGAUUAGAAUAGAUCACUGGUGAGGCUCUAAAGCCAGUCCCCCCCCCCCCCCCACCCCCCUUUACUCUAUGCUUGCCUUUCACCACCGCUAUGACGAAUGCCACAUCAGUAAUAUGCCAUAAAUUCUUACAGCAAGCUGCCACCUUGUCACAUCCUAACUGAGAGAAGCCACAGUAGUAGUGUAGUAGCACUGCCCCGCUGUGACCACACGCAGAUGGAUCCUUCUUAUCUGUGAAGUGGACCUGUCACUGAGCACACUUAUAAAACAGCCUUUCAUCCA